UGUAUCUGCGCGAGAGCAGUUCUGUGACGGAGUCGAGUUUAUUGUUGAGUUGAGUUUUGAGCAGCGCUAGUGUUGAGUGGUGAACGAAGAUAAUGGGGAAGAUUCAUCAAGUACACACGGCUAUAUCAUGUUCAUUAUCUUCGGUUCUGACAGGUUCGUUGUAUGUAUGGCCUUCAUACACAAUGGGCCUGUAUACAGCGAACGACACAAAAUUACUGGCGACUCCUAUGGCUGACACGGAGAGUUCUCUGUUGGGAAGUCUACCAUCUCUGGGAGCUAUGCUGGGAACUGCGUUAGUGGGGAUCGUCAUAAGUAACUUGGGAAGACAGAAGGGUGGCAUGCUAUUGGCUUUGCCGUUUGUGCUAUCGUGGCUGAUCAUCGACAUGUCUUCAUCAUCACUGAUGAUCCUAAUCGCGAGGUUUGUCGGAGGUAUCGGUUGCGGGGCGGUGCUGGUCUACGCACCCAUGUUUAUAUCUGAAGUGGCGGAGGAGUCCAUCAGGGGGACACUCGCAUCAGUGCCGAUGGCCUGCUACUGCAUGGGUCUUCAAUUGUCGUACAUCCUGGGCUGGUGCCUCUCGUACCGGUACAUCCUGUGGGUCAACCUGGCGCUCAGCAUACUGAACCUGGCCAUGCUCAUGACUGUCACCGAGAGCCCAGUCUUCUUGAUGCGACAGAAUAGAGAAGAGGAUGCCAAAAUGGCAAUAGCUCACUACAGAGGCGAGUCUCCAGGAUCUAAAGUGGUGCUGGAGGAGAUGUCCCGCCUCAAGCAGCUGCUGACUCCUGCAGUAGAAAUGCUACCGUUAAAUACUGAGGAGAACACGAAGGCAGAAGAAGCGGAGAAAGAAAAGCUGAACGUGGAGGAGGACACACAGGACAUGCAGACCAAACCCUCUGCUAUAAAGAUGUUGUAUCGGUCUCCUUCAUCUCGUCGUGGUUUUAUUGUUGUCGGCUUGUUGCUCUCUGUACAAGUGAUGAUGGGUCUGGUGGCGGUGCAGGUGUACGCGAAGCAGAUCUUCAGUGAGGCCGCGCCCUCCCUCUCCUCUCAUCUCUGCUCCGUCAUCUUCGCGCUCGUCAUCCUGCUCGGCAGCCUCUUCAGCCUCGUCGCUACUGACAAGUUCGGCAGAAAGAUUCUGAUAAUAAUAUCAUCAUCGAGCGUGGCGCUGUGCCUGAGCGUGAUGGGGGCGCUGCUGCAGACGGGCGUGGUGCCGGCCGCCGUCCCCGCGCUGCUCAUCCUCCUCUACUGCUUCUGCUUCAUGCUCGGCGCCGGCUCCGUGCCCUACGUCCUCAUGUCUGAGUGCUUCAUCCCUGAUGUACAAAGUCUAGCGUCGACUCUGCUGAUGGAGUGGGUGUGGCUUCUCAACUUCUUCAUCGUGGCCAUCUUCCCCUUCCUCAUCAAGUACUUCGGCAUCCACGGCUCCUUCUACAUCUUCGCGGUCUUCGCCACCAUCAACACAAUAGUCGGCAUCUUCCUCCUGCCUGAAACUAAAGGUCUCACAAACGAUCAGAUUCAGGAAGCUCUCAUGAGACGAAACAAAUAAAUCUGUUGCUUUUACAUAUUGUAUAUUCUUUUUAAUUCAUAUUUUAGUUCCUAACAUGUUUUCAUAUUGUAAAUAAAUUCAUCGAUCGAGCAUUGAUUUGAAGAAAUAGAUAGGUCAUUGCUUUUAAAUGACAGCUUCUAAAUCGUUCCGACUUCAAUGUGCUUGUGGAAGUUCCUGACAGUUAUUUCUGUCUCUAUUAUUAGAUCGUUUACACACCGCUACCAACAGCUACCGUCAGUGUCAAAAUGAUGAAAAUCAAACAGGCACAAAGUACCUCUGCUUAUAGCCUGUCCAUGUGUAGAUGUCAAUAUGAUACUUCCUUUAAUAUCUUUGUAAUCUCACGUCUAUGAAAUAAGUUUUUUUUUUUCAGUCUGUCCAAUUAUAUUGUUAGAUAAAUGUUAAAUAUUGUUAUUGUAUUUAGCUAUGUAAGUGUUAAGUUGUCAAAUAAGGUUGUACAAAAUGGUAAAUAAAAAAAAA